ACCCAAUUUCUAUUUUUAUCUCAUCAACGAGUUUUGCUUCAUCUUUCAUUCAUCUCUCACCACCACUCCUCCACCGUCAACCGCCAUUUCUCAGAUCUCCGACACGGUGUUCAUUUCUCUAACCGUCACCGGCAACCACUGCUCCUCAUUCUUCACUGUAAAUUCAAAGUACUGUAUUCACAUAAGAAGAGUACCGCUACUAAAUCUCCACUAUGAGAAGACCUGGACUUCACCGGCAGAAUGGAAGACACAUCGGAGGAUCAGGAUUCAAAGGAAUGGUUGCGAAGUUAUCAAUUGCUGCUAUCGUACUCUUGAUCUGCACGUUCUCAUUGUUCUACUCUUCAUCAAAUGAGAAUGUUCAAUCCAUUUUUCGAUCAGAGAUCCGGUUAGAAGAGCUUUGGAGCAAUGCCGAUUCCAGUGGUUGGCGACCGUCGUCGUCACCGCGUUCUCAUUGGCCCCGUAUCUAUCUGUUCUUCUCCUCCGAGUAAGAAUAAUGGCUAUUUGCGGGUUCGAUGCAAUGGUGGACUGAAUCAGCAGCGUACUGCAAUCUCUAAUGCUGUUCUUGCUGCGCGGAUUAUGAAUGCUACACUAGUGCUGCCUGAAUUGGAUGCAAACUCCUUCUGGCAUGAUGACAGUGGUUUCCAUGGUAUCUAUGAUGUUGAGCACUUUAUUAGAACACUGAGGUUUGACGUAAAAAUUGUAGAAAGCAUUCCAGAAAAUGAGAAAAGUGGCAAAAAGAAGAAAUUAAAGGCAUUUCAGAUCCGCCCCCCUAGAGAUGCUCCUAUAAGUUGGUAUACUACUGAUGCUCUCAAGAAAAUGAAGGAACAUGGUGCCAUUUAUCUUACUCCCUUUUCACACCGGUUAGCUGAAGAAAUUGACAAUCCUGAGUACCAAAGGUUGAGGUGUAGAGUUAACUAUCAUGCUUUAAGAUUCAAGCCACAUAUUAUGAAGCUAAGUCAAUCAAUAGUUGAUAAGCUACGUGCACAAGGACCCUUCAUGUCGAUACAUCUUCGGUUUGAGAUGGAUAUGUUGUCAUUUGCUGGAUGCUUUGAUAUAUUUACACCUGAGGAGCAAAAGAUUCUGAAGAAAUAUCGAGAAGAAAAUUUUGCACCUAAAAAACUAGUCUAUAAUGAAAGAAGAGCCAUCGGAAAAUGCCCACUGACUCCCGAGGAGGUUGGUCUUAUUUUGCGUGCAUUGGGUUUUGACAAUUCUACCAGGAUAUAUCUUGCAGCUGGUGAAUUGUUUGGUGGGGAUCGAUUUAUGAAUCCAUUUCGCAGUUUGUUCCCCAGACUUGAGAAUCACAGUUCUGUAGAUCACUCUGAAGAGCUUGCUGAGAACACUAGGGGAUUGGCAGGUUCUGCUGUGGAUUACAUGGUCUGCCUUCUUUCUGACAUUUUCAUGCCAACCUAUGACGGGCCAAGCAACUUUGCAAACAACCUUCUUGGUCAUCGCCUUUAUUAUGGUUUUCGGACUACAAUCAGACCUGAUAGAAAAGCUCUUGCCCCUAUUUUCAUUGAUAGGGAGAAAGGACAAAUCACCGAUUUUGAUGAGGCCGUUAAGAAAGUAAUGCUGAAAACAAACUUUGGUGAACCUCAUAAGCGUGUUUCUCCCGAGUCUUUCUAUACAAAUUCUUGGCCUGAAUGCUUCUGUCAAACAUCAGCAAAGAACCCAGAAGACAAUUGUCCACCUAACGAUGUUUUAAAUAUUCUGCAUGAUGAAUUGGUAAAAGCAUCUACAGACACAAACUCUACACAAGCUUGAGCAGAUAUAUAGGGGUUAUUUGUGGCUUUGAGCAGAUUGUUCUUUUAUUCCACAGUAAUGAACUUCUGUGGGUCAAAUUGAAAAGGAACGAACUCCUGUUACAGGAUCCAGAUUUUCAGGUGAUAUUUGCUGUCCCACAUUAUUAGUUCUACUGAUGGAAUGAUAUAGUCAAAUAAUAACGAGAAUUGAAGGAGCUGAUUUGUAUACUCCCCUGAUUUAGUUUUCUGUAGACAAUAGAAGGAAGAUCAGACGGAUUGAUUGGGUAGAGAGCAAUGCCCGGAGUUAUACUGUGUACAAUGUGCAUCAGAAAGGCACUUAUAUAGUUACUAAUGUACUAUAUGUUAGAUAUUUGGAGUGCCAUAUGUAACUGAUGGUGUGUUGAAUAUGAUUAUUUUUGUUUAUUAAUAAUGUAAUAUGUUGUUAUUCGGCAAAUUUCCCACUUU